AAACUGCCAUACCGGAGAUUCGUCAUGGUCUAUCCUUUACCCCAGAACAUAAGUGUUCGUUGAUUGGUUUCUCCGCACUUGAAUACAUGCAGUGGUGGGUGUGCCCGAGCCUUACUUCUACAAUAGAACAUGUAAGGGGUCCUUGAGAACGGAACAAACCAGGAAAGAAAAGCACGCACUGGAGCACUGUCGAUCUCACCUUAAGCGAUUUCCUUGCUACCAUGGCAGAAGCGUUUCCUGUCAACAAUGGCAUGACUUCAUUCUGGCGCACCGAGCCUCAUUGUCUCGAUAGUCAUCGCUCAACCGAGGUGCUGCCUGAUGCAAGUGGUAUUGUCAUCGUUGGGGCAGGAUAUGCAGGCGUAUCAGCUGCAUACCACUGUAUGCGUCUUAGUCAAGCCUCGUCAGCUGAUAAGCCUUCUAUAAUAAUACUGGAAGCCCGUCAGGCUUGCUCGGGGGCUACGAGUCGCAACGGCAAGUCACAACGAAAUCUAGGCAACUCAUGGAGUGCUGAUUCUGACAUCUGAUCCCCUUAGGUGGCCAUCUGAAACCUGACGUAUAUUACCAAAUCAGUGCCCUGGCAGAUAAAUAAGGAGUUGAUGCAGCAGAAGAAGUAGCCGCUUUCGAGUUAGCGCAUAUGGUAGCGGUUUAGUCUUGUGUAGAAGAGGAAAAGAUUAAUUGUGACCUAGACUUCGGCGAGGUCAUUGAUGUGCAGCUUGACGAUAAUCAUUGCGCCAAACUCAAGACGGGAUACGGAUCUCUUCUUUCCCAGGGAGCCCUU